AUGCUCCUACCAAUCCUGCUGGCGUGCCUCGCAGGCGUGGGCUUUCUCUAUCUCUACCACGUCAAUCGGGGAAUGAAAGCGGUUCCUCAAGAGGUCCGUCGUCUGUCUCCUCGUCGCUGGACCGUCGGUGAUAUCCACGCCGCCUAUGAAAGCGCCGUCAACUCGCCCGUCGACGUGAGCAAGAGUCUUCCUGCCAAGCAGAAUCGACGUUACGUCGUGAUUGGUGGUUCUGGCCUGGUGGGCAACUGGGUGGUGAUGCAUCUUCUGGCUCGCGGCGAGAACCCGGCAGCUAUCCGUGUUCUAGACCUGCAGGCCCCCAAGCGCGAAAUUCUCGACCAGGGAGUUGCCUUCGUCCAGACCAACAUUGUCGAUGAAACCGCCGUUCUGAGCGCGUUCUUGCAGGCAUGGCCCCCGACGGUGGCCGAUCUGCCUUUGACCGUGUUCCACAAUGCGGCGGCGAUCAGACCUGCGGAGCGACACAAGGCGUUUUUGCCCUUCUGCCGGAACGUGAAUGUGGGCGGGACUGUCAAUGUGCUGCAGGCCGCAAAAAAAGCCGGCGCAAGCUGCCUGAUUGCCACGUCGUCGGGCUCUGUCACCAUCCGUCGCCCGCCCUUUUGGAUUGCCCCGUGGACGCAGGCCCCUAAGUACCUGGUGCAGGUGGUGAAGGAUUCGGACGAGUUGCCCAAGGACCACGAUCAGUUCUUUGGCAACUAUGCUGCGUCUAAGGCGGAGGCCGAGGGAAUCAUCCGCGCUGCCGAUGACCCUGCGUCUAAUUUCCGCACCGGUUGCAUUCGUCCUGCCAAUGGAAUCUACGGUAUUGGGGUCGACAACAGCGCCACCAUCGUUGGAACCUAUCUCCGACAAGGUGGCGGCCCAAGCUGGCUGCAUGGUGUCAUUCAGAGUUUUGUCAACGCCGAGAACGUCUCCAUUGCUCAUCUCUUAUAUGAACAGCGCCUGAUCGAGCACACCGAGCGUCCGAACCAGCUUCCAAACAUUGGCGGACAGGCUUUCAUCGUGACCGAUCCCAACCCUGGGAUUGCCUUCGGCGACCUCUAUCUUCUCCUGACCACGCUGGCCAAAACCCCCGUGAGCUUCCCGCCGGCACCGUCGGUGCCUUUCUUCCUUCUAUCCUACCUGGUGGAGUGGUAUGCUCUGCUCCAGCACCUCUACCUCCCCUGGCUUCCCAAGGUCGGCGGAAAACUGACUCAGCUGCAACCGGCCCUGUUCUCCAUCUCAAAUGCCCACAUCCUGGCGGACGACUCUCGCGCUCGCUUGAGCCCGCAGCAGGGUGGACUCGGCUACUCCGCGCCCAUCAGCACUCUGGCGGGGAUGUGUAAGGAGGUGGACGAGUGGAACCGAGCGGCCGACAAGAAGAUAGAAUCGCCAAAGUCCAGAGGUAGACUGAAGGCCGCCUCGAGAAAUGACACACUUUCAUGA